CGCACGCCGUCGCGCGCUCCUUUGGCGCCCCGCCCUAUAUCAACCGUUCUUUUCCAACUGCCUUGCUGAGGCGGCGGCUGUCCGACCAGUCAGGCUUCGAGUUCGCUCACACGCUCUAUUUGCUUUCCCCACCCUCCGUGCGCGGGGGCGCAAAAGGCGGGAAAAUAACCUCCAAGUCUAAGGGAGUUUCUGAAGGGGUGGGAGGUGAGGAAGAAAGUGAGGAAGAAACUCUCAAAAUCCAGCUUUGUUCUAGUGACAAAAAGGAAACUACAGAAUGAGGAAAGUGAUUACAACUUUGCGGGAAUUCUCAGACCAUGACCUGGUGCACUUCUUCAUAAGACCUCAGAUCAUUGCUCGGAUGCUGGCAGGGGUUUUAUCCCUGACUAUAUUUGCCUCCUUGGUGACUGAAGGUUAUCAGAACCUGACAAAUUCUUCCCAACUACAUUGUGUUUUGAAUGAUAAUGGGACAGCCUGCUGCUACGGCAUCACAGUUGGCAUACUCGCUUUCCUCCAUUGUCUUCUCUUUUUGGGUUUUGAUGUCUAUGAACCUUCCAUUACAACUCACAAAUUCAAAUAUACCAUCCUUGUCCUGGAUGUCACCUUCUCCAUUAUCUGGACAUGCCUGUGGUUUGUUGGGUUCUGCUUCCUAGCCAAUCAGUGGAUCAGAUCAACAAGCCACUACCUGCUGGGAACUGGUGCUGCCCGAACCAGCAUCACCUUUGCCGUCCUCUCCGUUCCAUGCUGGGUGUACCUGGCCUAUGUGGCUCUGAAAAACCUGCAGGCUGAGCCACCUGUUCCUUACAAGCGGACCUUGGAUGAAGGAUCUGUUGCAUUGACCACCCUUUCAUCUUCCACUAGCACUUCCCUUCCAAACAAUAUGGGUUACCCUGAAAAUGUGGGUGUAGCCUCCUACCCAUCCACUGCUGUACCCCACCGGCUGACAUUAAUGAAUACUGAUGACUAGGCAAUUAUUAAUUUCACAGUAAAUAAAAAGGGGAUAGAAAGAGAAUUUAUUGCCAAACAUGAACAUUUAUUUUAUAUGCGUAAAUCUGUUUCUGCUAAAGUAGAGCACCAUGAAAAAUAGGGAGACCAACCACCUCCUAAGCACAAUAAGGACAUGGGGCCACAGCUUCACAAAAGAAGUGGGUGCUCACCCACUCACCAUUCCCAUUGUCUAGGCUUGCCCAGCUUCUGCAGCACUAGCUGUUAAUCCUGGCUUUAAAGGGCUAAAAUUAACUAAGAAUAGCCCCCCACUGCUGCUUCUAUAUGAACUGCACUACUAUGGCAGCUGUGCACAUGUGUUGUUUUCCAGUCAUAAAAAGCCAAAGAUAUUACAGCUAGGGGAGAUAACAAAAAAGGGAGACAACGUGCAUGUGCAACUGCCACACAUUUUUUUCUCAACUGGAUAUAGCAAAAUGCAGCUAUUCUGGCUGCCAGUCCCAGCUUUAAGAAAUCAAGGAAAUAAUGAAAGCACUGGAGUGACAUUUGCCCUCUGCCACCCAGCUGGUGUGCAGCACUUCAGAUACAGUCCUUUCCCCAUUGUACUGGUUCAAUGCAACUUGUUUAAGCCUUGUGAAUGUUAAUAUAUGGACUUGUGUGAAUAAUUUUAAUCCUGAACAAGGCUAUAGACAGAUACAUCCUGAAGCUGUCGUCUCCAUAGCCAUUGUUGCACUUUUGCUACAUUAGAUGCUAGCCACUGAAGGCUAUAUCAGUAUAGAACCUAAUCCAGUAAAGUUUCUCUGUGAUUCUGUGAAAGAUAUAAAUGAUUAGCUUAUAUGUGUAUGCUGCCACACAGACUCAAAUUUACCUAGUAAUGACUACUGAAUGUUUCAAGUAGCUACUAGCUUUCUACAGCAAGCAACAGCUCCUUAAAUAUCACAAAUAUCUGGAAAACAACGGGCUAUUUAUGAUAACCAAAACAGAAACCUAAUGACUGCUACUGGAUAAUCAUAUUAAAGGUAUAGAACUUAAAACAUUACUAGUCAUUGCCCUAUGACUAGUCACUCAAACUAUGGCAACUCUUAGGCUUUACUUCUAUUUGAAAUAGUUUUCGGCCUUUGAUGCUGAAAGAAGUUUAAGGGGAAAUGCCAUCUUGCUCCUGUGCAUGUCUGCUCAGAAAUAAUUCCAACUGAGUUCAAUAAGACUUACUUCCAGUAAAGUAUGCAUAGGAUUGCAGCAUGAGUGCAAUUUUUCAUAUAUCCCAAUUCAAGAAGAGAAAUCAUCCAUAUGUAAAAAUCCAUCUGCAUGUGGGUGCAUGUCCUCAUCUGCAGAGAUAGAAGAGCUCCCUCCACGCAAAAUGCAUGACAUGUUCGCAUAGCAUUUCCAAUAAAGUAGAAAACUUCUCAUACCAUUACUUGCAAGCCAGUAAUUCUAAUUCUUUUCCAAGCUGCUUUCAUACAUGAGAUUUAUAGCAUUUUUGCUUAAGACUCUAAUCUUUACAUAUUCAUACAUGGGAGUAAGCCCCACUGAACUUGGCAAGAUUUACUUUUGCAUCAGCACACUGUAAAUCGGUCUACAAUGCAAACUGAGAGCUUAAAUUGACUAGAACAUGCUUUCAAUUUAUCUUCCAUAUUCCAUCUCACAUUAACAUUUACAUCUGGCCAGAAUAGCACUAGAGAGGCUCAAAGGCCCCUUUUAGUGUCAUGUGGAGACACAUGACAUUUUGAGUGGCUAAGAUAAAAAGUAAUUUUGCUGAGACAGCAGUGUCUUUGAGAACCAGAGAAAAGUGGCAACUACAGAAAAUGUGUUUUAUCAUAACAAAUAUUAAGGCUACAAUUGUAUGCCUGCUAACUUAGAAAGCCCCACUAAACUCAGUAGGUUAUAUCCAACUAAACUUUAUUCAGAGUAGGCACACUGAAAUUAACUGAUCGAAGUUAGUCAUUUCCAUUAAUUUCAGUGAAUCUAUUCUGGUAAAACUUAGUUUGAUAUAAGCCAAUGAGUAGAGAGAGCUUCAAGAGAUGGGGGAAAGCAGCCACUGUUUUAACAGAAAGCAGCAAUACUGUACAGGAGAAUAGUAUGGGAAAUGAGGAUGAAUGUACAGGAAUGGGAAACACAAAGAUUUCAAUACAAACAGGCAACAAAACAGAUUUCUUUUUAUUUAAAUUCCCAUCCCUCCCACAAAGGCACUAAUUAUUUGGGAUGAUGGUUGCUUGUUUUAUUUAAAGUAGAUGAGGAAUUAACCAUCAAAUAAUAUUCAAAAUGAAGCAAGUGUAAGAAUGUAUUAGGGUGGUCUUUUCUUGCCAGCAAUAUUUUUUAAAAAUAGAGAAAAAUAAUCAGUAUCUAAAGAAAAUAGAUUAAAUUUGUAAGUGCUCCUGUUUAUCUGGAUAGACCCACGGCACUCAGAUUUCUUCAUAGCUGUGGUCAACCCAAAGCCCAAAACAUGAGCACAAUGUGAGAGGAGGGAGAUGUCCAGUUGUUGUUGUUGUUGUAGUUGUUGUUGUUUUAAAAAUAUUUCCUAGCUGUGGCAGUUCAUUACCAAAAUAGAGUCAGGAGUAUAGAAAGUGAGGUCAAUGAUAAAAAGGGCCCUUGAGAAACCUACCACCUAUAUAUCACCAGCAGUAGUCAUUAUAAGCUUGGAGUCCAAGCUGUUGCCCACCUCACCCCUUCUAUAUCAGUCUCUUGAGCAGAAGGACAAUCCAUUGUUUUGACCCAAAUCACACUCAGGUAAAAGUUCAGGGUGCAAGAAGAGAUCAACAGGUGACUUAACUUCGUUGGUAAGAAUAAAAAAA